AUGACUGGAAACCUGCAGAGACUUGUUUGGAGUGAAACUGAAUACCAUAAGGAAAUAGACAUUUCCAGUGACCUGAACCAUGAAGCAGAGUUGGAGAGGGUACUACCACCCCCCAAUUAUGGAAGGCCACUGUCAAAAAAUGUGGCACCAAAUAACAGUCAGGGAUACUUGGCCAGACCUAAUCUCAUUUCAUCUGAGGAAUGGCUUCGAAUUCAUGGACUCAAAACCAAAAAACUGACCUUGUCCCAGAUUUUAUCUCAGAUUGGAUUUCCACAUCAGGAAGAUUAUGUAUCUUCAAUAGGGAAAACUGUGGCUUCCCGAUAUGCAAAUGGUCUGUUUUGUCGAUUCUGUAAAGCAGAAGAUGGCACAGUUUACAGGCUAAUAGCAAAAACUGAGUUCAUCUGUCCAUUUAUGAAGCAUUUAAAUGAUGCUGCGGAAUGCCUCCAAAAGAGGAUGAAUUGGUUGACCAGUGGAAGCCGGCAAAUUUUUGGCGUAAUCUUGGACAAAUGUAUCACCAUAGUGCUAGAUUUUGGUUCUCUGGAUGAGGAGGAAUUUAGUCUUUGCCAAGAUGCUCUUGUAAUGGUCAUUGAGGAACAGGUGGCUCAUCUGACGAGAUUUAACCUCAUACGAGCUGCUCAGAUCAUGACCAAGUGGCAGUGUGAAUCUGUCUUUGCCGGUGAGGAAUUCAUAAACUCUGCUAUUAGGUGGAUUAAGGAACUGGUGUGCAAGUCUCCUGUGGCUCAUAAUAGUGCCAUCAAUGCUCUGCAUGAAGCUCAAAGAGAUAACUCAAUUGCAGCCAUUUACUAUUUUGUUGUGGGUGAUGUUCUUGAGGAAUCCAAGCAGCUUCUCCUUCAUUCGGUAACUGAGAGCUCACAUCCAAUCCAUACAGUGUCCUUCAAUGCCCGAGGAGAAGACACCAUCACUUUCUUAAAGGAACUGAGCACUUCAACCAGGGGCAGAUUUCAUGCAUUUGCUGCAAGAGUAGAGCCUAUGGGAAUUCACGAGUCUCCCUCAGGGGACCGAAACAUUUCUUUUUCUUCAAAUUUAAGGAAACUGAAAGGAAGAGUACCUCCAGGAUCUGGGGUCAGAGAGGAUGUGUAUCUGAUCUGGAGAGAGCUGGAGGAAACUCGCAAUACAUUGGCACAGAUCCAGAAGAUUGUUGAUGAUUCCAUGAAACCUGAAGUUGCUCCAAUGAACUGUGCUUCUAAAAUAGAACUCUCACCAAAGCCAUCACUAGAAGACAGGUUGGAUUCCAAGAAGUGGCUGCAGAAAUUCGGCUUGAAAGCACAAAAAUUGACAGCAUUUGAUAUCCUUGCUGAGUGUUCCUUUCGCCACAUUGAUGGAGUCGUUGACGUAAAAGGCAGACCCAAUAAUAUGUACCUGCAGACCUGUGCUGGGACAAACAAGAAAAAUGUCCACGCAAAAUACUGUAACAAGUUUGUCCACACUCCCUGGAAAGAUGGAACUAUGGUCCAUGUUUAUGUCACUGCAGACAAGUGCAAGGCCUAUGAAGAGAAGAUGAGCAAUGCCUUGGAGCUGAUUGAGAAAAGGAUUGAAUGGCUACAAAAUGGGAGUCAAGGCCUCUUUGGACUGGUGCUUGAAGAUUAUAUCUACAUUCUCAUUGAUACAUCUCAUUCAAUGAAGGGUAAACUGCCUCUGGUGAAAGAGAAGAUUUUUCAGCUUUUAACGGAGCAGCUGGUAUUCAAAAAAAAAUUCAAUUUUGUGAAGUUUGAUGGUAAGGCUGUUGCUUGGCAGGGGAAACUUGCUGAAGUUAAUGAAGAUAAUUUGAAAAUGGCUAAGGAAUGGGUUAAAAACCUUCAGGUUGGAAGUUCUACCAAUACAAUGGAUGCCCUUAAAACUGCUUUUGCUGAUAAAGAAACAAAAGUAAUCUAUAUACUGACAGAUGGGAGGCCUGAUCAGCCUGUAGAAACGAUUUUUUGUCAAAUCCAACAUCAAAAGAAAAUCCCUAUUCAUACAGUCUCCUUCAACUACCAUGAUGAAGAUGCCAACGAAUUUUUGAAGGAGCUCUCCCUGAGAACUGGAGGAGAAUUCCAUUACUUUCAUUUUGGUUCCCCGGAUCCUUUGGAGCCAGGUGUUUACGUGAAUAAACAAUUGAACCUUUUGCUACGUGAAAUUGAAAUGGGACAAAAUGACCUUGAGAGAGUGCAAAACCUUUACACUGAAUCCAUGCUGUUGGACUGGUGGCAUAACGCAGAGAAAGAUGAAGAAACUGAGUAUAAAAAGCCCACCUAUGCAGUGGUUUCAACAACAGAAAGUACAACAGACAUACCUCUACAGAAGCCUACACUUAGAACAGUAUCCCCAGCUGAGACUGGUUUCUUUAGUCCUUGUGGAAGCCCACCUCAAACUCGUUUGAAGAAGAAAGCACCAUUUGCAGAACCAACAAAAACUAGUCUGCUCAGGAAUUCUUUUAUCGAAAAGAAGCUCAGUGAAGAGAGCUCAAUUGCAAAAAAGCACCUUCCUCCUGAACAAAAGAGGUCUUCCAGAAAACAAAGCUGUUCACUCAAUUGUAAAGAAAUGAAUUCAAUAGGUGAAAAAUUAUCAGAAAUGAGGAGUAGAGAAUCAAGCCAAGAUUCUCUAGAUAUGUCUUCAGAAACCUGGCUCAAGGUCCAUGGCUUGGUUGCUAAGCGACUCACCAUAAUGAAUGCCUUAUCCACUACGACCAUUCCACACCGCUCGAAAUAUGUGCCGAUUCUGGGCAAGCAUGUCGUUUCUAAAGUAUACGAUUCGAUUUUUACACUGAAACAAGUGGGCAGUAACACAGAGCAAAUGAUCUUAAUUAACCCUCAUGCCCUCAAUCUGAAGACCUAUAGGCACAAAGUGGAACAAGCCGUGAAAUCCUAUGAAAGGCGCUUAAAUCUGCUCAUUUGGAAAGCAUUUUCUCCAGAAGAAAGAGAAAAGUUUAAAAUACAGGAGCCAGUUCAAUACUUGGAAAAUAAAGAGGCAAUACAGGAGGCCUUACAAGAGGCGAACUGGCCCAUUUCUCUGGAAGAUGUGUUAUUAUUGGAAAAUGAGAUCCAGGCUGGGAAUACCUAUAUCCAGCAGACUAAGGAAAUCCAAGAAGCGACUAAGAAGGAAGACUGUCAAGGGGACCAGUCAUCUGAGAAAUCACAACAAAGUCAACAGAAGAAAUUCAAAAGCAAAAGAGUUGAUCCCCUCAAAGGUCAGAAGGUUAUUGCAAGAUCAGAGGAAAACGGCUUUUAUUUUCCAGGCACUGUGAUAAAGUGUGUUGGCCCCACACAUGCACUUGUGCAGUUCAAACAUGGAGAGGCUCGAGUCGUGCCCAUCAUAUUCAUUACUCCCGUGGGCGGUGCUAUGCCCUGUCCAGUUCUACAGGUUGGAGACUAUGUAUUUGCCAAAAUUGUCAUACGAAAAGGAUAUGAUUUCUAUGUUCCGGCCAUUAUCACAGCAACACCCAGUGAAGAUGAGCCAUAUGACCGAUUCUAUACUGUUUUGAAGUGUAACAACAGAAGAGACUUUUGCCUCAGAAGCGGUCUUAUUAAAAUCAGCCAAAACAAAUAUGCACUCUCUUGUUCCUUUAUAAGUUCUACACUGAUGAAAGAACCCCCAAAGAUGCAAGAGGAGGAGAUGAAUUCUGAUUUUAUGCUCUUUCCUUUCGAAGAGGUUGAGACUGGCCCAUUAAGAGACUUAACAGAUGAGAAUUCAAAAAGGAAUAAGAACAAGAAGAAAUUUGACAUAAAGAAGCAAUCCCAAGAUGUCUUGUCCUCAGACUCAGGGGAUAGUCCCUAUGAAGCUGAGACACACAAGUCCUGUUCCAAGGCAAGGGAUGGGUCAAGAGGAGGAGGGUUCCCAGACAGUGUUUCUAAGGAGAACAGUAACAAAUACACUAAAAGUUAUGCUCACCAGAUUAAAACUUUCCCAAAGUGUCAACGUCAGUCUAAAACCCUAAACAGCAAAAAAUCUGUUUAA